AUGUCUAGUGAUUUCGCUAUCUAUAUUCGAGACAAGCUUUUUGACUCUAAAACUUCUGUCGACCAUAAAAUCUUACAUAGUGUAAACAAGAAAGGUGAAUUUGUUCUAAAGUUCUGUUUCUGGGAAUAUGACAAGAACCAUAAAACAUUAGGCAGAGAAGUCUUUAAGUUUGUCAAUGACAGACUUGUUGACAGAGAUGACGCCGAUUGGAAAGAUGAAGUCCAACAAAAGUUCUUAGAAUGCAAAGAAGGCACAUGCGCUGUUCUUGAAGAUGAAAUAGAAAACAGAAUAGAAGAGCUAUUAAAGGACAAAGAACUUUUACAUAAAUAUGGUUGCGCCAAAUUUGA